AUGGCACUUCAUAAACCCCAACCCCCCAAUCGAACAACUUAUAGAUCAGCUACGAAUAAAGAACUUGAGCUAGAACAAAUUAACCAAGAACUUCAAGAGAUAUUGCAAUCAGAGGUAGCCAUCAACAAAUCGAACGAGAAAUAUAUAAAGGAUCUGGAAUGUAAAUAUAUCCGGUGCGAGAAUGAAAUUCAAUCCCUUAAUAAAGAACUGGAACAGCUUGAGAAUGCUUCGGAGAAAGAAAAGGCAGAGUUAAGAUUGGAAAUAUUAUCCCUUAAAAAAAGCUUAUAUCAAGCUAAAAAGGAGAUCCGAGACAAGAUAUCUUAUAUUGAUAAUAUAGAGAAACAAUUACAAGAAUCAGAAGAGCGGAUUCAAAAUCUAAGGCAUAGACUUAAA